UGCUUUCUCUGCUGUUAAAGGAUGCGGAGCUGAAGGUUUUAUGUUUGAAUGACAAGACUCUUCCGGCCGGCACCAUGGUUUUGACUGCAUUGACCCAGUUUAGCUGKAAGGUAAAUGUUGAAGACACUGUUGAAAUGUUACCAAAAUCGAGAAGAGCACUUACCAUUCAAGAGAUUGCGGCGUUAGCCAGAUCUUCAUUACAUGGCAUCUCCCAGGCGAUGAAGGACCAUGUGACACGGCCCACAGGCAUGGCCCAGGGCAGGGUGGCCCACCUGAUAGAGUGGAAGGGCUGGUGUAAGCCCACUGACACCCCCGCAGCUCUGGAGUCUGACUUCAACAACUACUCUGACCUCACUGAGGGAGAACAGGAGGCCCGCUUCGCUGCUGGUGUGGCGGAGCAGUUUGCCAUAGCGGAGGCUAAGCUGAGAGCCUGGUCGUCUGUGGAUGGAGAUGACUCUAAUGACGACUCAUAUGAUGAGGACUUCAUUCCCGCCAACGAGCCCACAACACAAAGCACAGAGGUGCCUCCUUACCUGAGGGACAUUCUUCAAAGUCAGGUGUGUCAGCACCUGGGUCUGCGGGGGCCGUGCUGUGAGGGGGCAGGAGGAGGAGAGGGGGGAGACAGGCCCUCCCCCACCUCCACAGACACCCUCUGCUCCAGCCUCUACAGCCUGGACGAGCAACACCCCUUACUGCGAGAUCUCACCCAUCACUGCGGCAACAACCAUGGUAACACCGCCGAGCUGGCUGCCAAGAUCCUCUCAGCCCUGCAAGGGGGGGAGGAGCUGCUGUUGGCCCGCCUCCAGAGGGUGGGGCAGGGGGUUAGAGGGGGAGGGGACUUCAACAACCUGAGGGGUGGGAGGAGCCGGCCGGGGGGGGAGGAGUCACCUUGCUACUCUGUGACCUACUCCGAGACCUAUCUGUCGCCCGGGGAAGACGAAGGUACGCCCUGCAAAGACUAUGAGGGCACCGUGGGCCAGGGAGAAGGAGAGCGYGAGGUGUACCCACCUGACUAUGCCACCCACAGGAAGGUCUCAGAUGUAGCCUCCUCCGGGGUGGUGUCUCUGGACGAGGAUGAAGAGGAGGAAAAGGAGGAGGAGGAUAGGGAGAGAGAGCAGAGAAACCAAUGACUGCCCUGUCAUUGAUUUUUGUUUCAUCAAUUGUUCAUCCCUCCAUCUCUCCGUCCCUCCCAUGGCCUCUGACAUGUCUAAACCUGUCUGCAUGUUUUUUUCAUGACUUGAACUCAUACUGCAGUGUAACCUCUCUGUCUUGGCGUCAUCGCAUCAUGUCGAUCCCCUACCCGCCUGCCCCCUUGACCAUUUGAUAUGUAUCAAUAUAUUUUUGUCUUGAGGCGUCCAAACAAUCUUUUCUAUCAAUGUGAAGCAGGAGAGCAGGACUGGCUGUCACAGGCUUCAGUAACAAGCCCAACGAUUGGUCUGUGGUUUCAGUAAGAAGCCCACAGAUUGGCCAGUGGGGUUCAGUGCUCCAGCCACCCACAACAAGAAAGCGAGUGACUGCUAAAAAAUWAAAGGGACACAACUGACAGGAAAAAGACUGAACCUUAAAACUCUGAAAUAUCUCUGCAUGUGUUUGCAAGUGCUGAACUGAACUUGUGUGCUGACCUGGUCUUGAGCACGUCGGUUUUGUAGUUUGGGCUGUUCUGUAUAACCCCUCCCUUCCUCUGCCCCCAACCAGAUACAGUAUAUCCCAUUGGUGGACAGGUUCCACUGCAUCCUGAAACCUGAAGCCCUUCCUCUCCUUUGCAAGAGAUGUUGGGUGCGUUCCUCUGCCCAAGCGUUGCUGACGCAUGCCAGAUCUUACAAUGCCUGGAUAGGUAUUUUACGUAUCAGCUAACCACAUAUGAUAUACCAAUCUGGUGCCCGACGGCACAGUCGAUGACGUGGCACGCAACCAUUGGAUGAUGCAUGCAAUGUCUGAGAAGGGGAGCGCUACCCCCUAGCAUCCUUCUGGGCAUGGCUUGCUGAGUAUGCCAAACUACCGUAUGUAACCUGUCACCAACAGUUAUGAGCAAAUGCUGGAAUGUCUUAAAAGUGACAGRAAAUAUGUAUUUUAAAAACAAAAAAACAUUUGUCACAAAUGAUUAUGACAGAAAUKAUAUGCUUUUAUUGUACUAGUUUUCUAUCAUUCAACAUGUUGUUAUUAUAAUUAUUCUGAAUAUCAUUAUGACUAACCGUCAUAAUGACAUACUAUAGCUACCAGAUUUUGUUUUUGGUUCUAUGGUUUCCUAAAUGGAAUUCUUAAUACCAAUGGUUCUCUUAAAAAACUACGAAGACAAAAACACAAAUAGAAUGUUCCAGAAGUGACCCUUUGAUGAAAGAGAUACUGUUUGGUGGAGAAAUUGUUGUACAAAGACAGGAACCUAGUUUCAGUGAGAAGGUGUUGAGUUGCAUUGGAGAUUUUCUAUAUUUUUGUAUGCGUUGUCUUGCUUUAAUCUUUGCCUAUGCGGCGUGCCAGUGUAUGUGGUUUUUGCACGAAGCUAACGUGGCUGUAGAUUUCUCCUUUCUUUGUUAUCACUGUGUGAUAUAGUAUACCGGGAAAAAAAUACAAAUAUGAACAAAAAAAGGUUUAUUUAAUUUUGAAAGAGGAUACUGUGAUACGGUUUGUUAUUGUCAUGAUCCUCAAUGGAAAAGUUUCCUUUUCUUUGUAAUUAUUUCGGACUUCUUUCUUUCCUGUUCAUAGCUGCUCCUAAAGCAACAUUCAAAGUUAAUUCUCUUUCCAUUCUUUUUCAAAGGAUGUCAGGAAAAGGGCAUUUUUUGUAAAUAUAUCGAAAUCAUUCCAUUGGCAUGGUGAUCUGAGGAACCUUAAAUUGGUUCGGUCAGAGGGACUGUCACUCAUACAACUCAGGAAGUCCCAUUGGUUCAGAGCGUCAGUAUAUCCCGCCCAUAAACAGCGAGCCACUGCUCAUUCAUCCUCUUUCUCAGCGAGUGUGUGUGAUGGUGGUGUGUGUGUGUGUGUUGUGUGUGUGUGUGUGUGUGUGUGUGUGUGUGUGUGUGGUGUGUGUGUGUGUGUGUGUGUGUGUGUGUGUGGAAAUGUAUUCACGAUUAAAGCACAGAAUUAGUGCUCAGCUCACCUCUUCAACCCUUCACUGAUUGUUCAUGAAAGCCCUAGUGUGUGUGUGCAUGGUAAAAUAUUACACAGUCAACUAGCUUGCAUUUGUGCGUCCGCUCCAAAAACCCCUAAUGCAACGAUUCCCUUUAAACAGUGUUUUAGUAUAGCAAUGUUCUGACUGAAGGUAAAAGGCUUGGCCUACAUGAUGCUUUUGGAAAGGACAUCAACAGACCAAUCACCGUUCUCCCUUUUUGGAAACUAAAAAUGUGUUUUAGACUUUCUGCCAGAGAGAUGAUUAAAAGUAGAGGUGGUGUCAUACAUUUUAGCAACAUGAUUUGAAAUGAAACAACUGAAUUAUUUGAUGRUGACACUAACAAYUGGUGGAUUGAAAGAGUCUGAGACACAAAUUCAACUCAGGGGAAACCAUUACGGCUGUGCCUUCAUUUAUAACCUUUGACCUCUGAUUGGUCAUACGGUCAGGUCAGUUCCAUUCAUUCUGUCCAAUGACAAAUGCUAACCCACCAUUGAGCCAGAGCCAUAGAUCCACUUGACAUCCACAACAUGCGGACAUUUACAUURUGGUUCUACACAGAACUAUUGACAAUAUGUAGAAAGACACUUUGACAGCUGGGUGUUUUUUCUAGAAUGCAUCUUGUAAUGCUUUCUGUUUCUAAUGCAGUGUACUGUGCAUCCAUUUAUCAUGGUUGAUGAGACUGUUUGGAGUACSAGUUUCUUACUUAGUGCUCUGCUCACUGUUCUUUUAAGUUCAUCGAGUUACUAAUGUUUGUCUUUCUGCCUUUAUUACAGCUGUACGAAGUUGCUCAUAUGGUAUUGGACCUCCUCUUUGACAAGGUCAAGGGUUAAAAGUCAAACUAGAGUUGUGUAAGGUUAGAUCCUGUUACAUCUGUUUCCAGCUUGUCCUGGUGUUUAGAUGAUUGGAGGGUUUGAGUAUUGUCUAGUUGGAGGGACACUGUGUCACUGUCCUUUCACUGACAUUACAGAGAGGGGAUGUUUGCGUCUGGGACAAGGUUGUGAUUUUGUCCUGAUGCAAUGACGUGUGUUGCAUUGUUCUCUGUCCCCCUCCCAGUCUGGCUGCACGGCACACUCACUGAAAGUGUUCCCCUGGUGGUGUGUGACUGGCACCUUGGUUCCGGGCAUUUCGUUCACACACAGCCGUCAUAUACACUCUCCCUCUGUCUCCAUCUGUCUCAUUUUCUCUCCCCUUCCUCGUCCCCUUCUCCUUUCUGUCUCUGUCCCUUUGUCUUCCGCAUCUCCUGUGUCCCACUUUCACCCUCAGUCUGUUUCCAUCUCCUUCUGUCCCUUCUUCUCUCUCUCCCUCCCUUCCUCCCUCCCCCUAUCCUUAUUCACAGGAGCCCUCUCUUAUGUAACUGGGGGACGGCAGGGCUGAGUGCUACCUUUGCCGACAGGCAAUUAGCCAGCGAUGAUGAAAAACAACUGAUGGACACGUAGAGCAAUGGGAGAUGUAUAUCUCUCUUUAUUUKAUCCUCUCCUGCUAUGUGUCUCUUUAUCGUUCCUGUCUCUCCUUCUGUCCUAAUGCGAGUCUUUUGAGGUAAACUGCCCCAAAAAGCUGAUGGUGGUUGCUGUAAGAGGCGGGUGAUGUAACGGGGUGGUGCCACUGUCCUGUGAUUGGAUGAAUGUACUAUGAUUUAUACUGCGUCAGCCAAAGGCGAAUGAGCGUCCCAUUCCUAGUGUGGCACAGAUGGAUUUUAAAGGGAGGCAUGUGUGUGUGUGCGAGUGUAAAGUGAGAGAUUGGCGAGAGUGGCAACAUGUUCUGUGGGUGGCCUGUUGCUCUAGGCCAGUACUGACAUUGGGCACUUAUCACAGACUUUGUGUGUGAUAGACAUGGCCGGGAGAGCGCCCCUGUCAGACAGUGGCAGUGGCGAUACACUACGUUAACAUUUCAUUCUAAAAUCAGGGGUAUUAAUAUGGAGUUGGUCCCCCCUUUGCUGUUAUAACGGCCUCCGCUCUUCUGGGAAGGCUUUCCACAAGAUG